AUGGCGAUGGCGUCCCACACGGCGGCGCGGGUCAUGGUCUCGGCCGCACCGUCGUGGGGUUGUGGAGUCGUGGAGGAAAGGGAUAUGCGAGAGUACAUUGGCCUCGGCCUCCUCCCUCGUGUCAUCACCGUCGUCCCGCUUGUCGUGUCGUCCCGCCUGCCAUGCCGCAAAAAACCGGUUGGCGACUCGCUGGUUCCUUGCUCGACAUCGUCAUCCGCAAUCGUGUCUGUCCAUCUCGGUCGCCGCAAUUGGCCCGAUUGUGACGACAUGGAGGGAGGUGAGGUGACACCAACGUCGUCAUCUCGACGGCCCUCGGAUCAGCAAGGAGUGAGCACAGCAAACACAAGCACAAAGAGAGCUUCCUUGGAUAGCGGGGUAAACCUCAUCCUCCUCCUCCUCUCUUCCUCCUCGCUCCCUGCCUCUAGCCUAGCCAUCUCCGGCUGUCUCUCGCCGUCCCUCACUUGA